AUGAAGACUCUGACUCUCCUCUCCAUCUGUGCUCUGCUGUCAGUGUGCUGGUCCAUGGGAGCCAUUGAACCAGAGGUUGUCGUGGACACUGCUGUUGACACGGCUGUUGAUGCUGCACCUGCCGACCCUGCGGCCGCAGGAGCUGAUACAUCCUCCUCUUCAUCCUCUUCAUCUUCUUCAUCUUCUUCAUCUUCCUCCUCUGAAUCUGACUCCAACUCUUCCUCUGAUUCUAACUCCGACUCAUCCUCCUCCUCUUCUUCCUCUUCCUCCUCUUCUUCCUCCUCCGAGUCCUCUGAAUCUAACUCCGACUCAUCCUCCUCCUCCUCUUCUUCCUCUUCCUCCUCUUCUUCAUCUUCCUCUGAAUCCAAAUCCGACUCCGAUUCCUCUUCUUCAUCCUCCGAGUCCAAAUCCGAUUCCUCUUCUUCAUCCUCCGAGUCCAAAUCCGAUUCCUCUUCCUCAUCUUCUGAGUCCAAAUCCGACUCUGACUCCUCUUCUUCAUCCUCUGAGUCCAAAUCUGACUCUGAUUCCUCUUCUUCAUCCUCCGAGUCCAAAGCCGAUUCCUCCUCUUCAUCAGAGUCAGCUGAGGUGGUUGUGAAGAGAGACCUGGCUUCUGUUCUGCUGAGGAGAAGAAGAGCCCCAGGAGGAGAACUCACCCCUCUGCAGCUGGAAAGCCUGAGAGAGGUGUGCGAGCUGAACGUUGCCUGCGACGAGAUGGCCGAGACUGCAGGCAUCGUUGCCGCAUACGUCGCCUACUACGGAGCCGUCCCCUUCUAA